GGGGGCACUUUUUUGAGUGUAUCCGUGUUCGCCCAACUUUCUUUGUUCCUUUUUAUUUUCAGCAACCAUCCCGACCUGCGUCUUUCCUCUCUUCUCUUUUCAAUUUCCUCCAUUCCUCUUCCUCCCUCUCCUUUUCCACUUCUUUUCCCCCACCCCCACCGGACACAACUCACGCGCCACCAUGUCGGACCCAUCCAAGACCAACCUCAUCACCCUUACCCGCCACGUCUUCCAGGACCAGGUCGAGAACUACAAGGAGGCCUCCGGCGACCUCACCCUCCUCCUCACCGCCAUCCAGCUCGGCUGCAAGUUCGUCGCCUCCAAUGUCCGCAAGGCCAGCUUGAUCAGCAUGACUGGUCUUGCCAACAGUUCCAACAUCCAGGGCGAGGAGCAAAAGAAGCUGGAUGUGAUUGCCAACGAGAUCUUUGUGAACGCGCUUCGAUCGUCCAACAAGGUCGCAGUCAUGGUCUCGGAGGAAGACGAGGAGGCCAUCAUUGUCGAGGACCAGUACCGCGGAAAGUACUGCGUCGUCUUUGAUCCUCUCGACGGAAGCUCCAACAUUGAUUGCGGUGUCUCGAUCGGAACUAUCUUUGGAAUCUACAAAGUCAAGGAGGACUCGACUGGCAAGAUCUCUGAUGUUCUUCGUCCUGGCUCAGAGAUGGUUGCCGCCGGAUACUGCACGUACGGUUCCUGCUCGACCUUGGUCUUGACCACUGGUCAGGGCGUUAACGGAUAUACCCUAGACACUGAGAUCGGAGAGUUCAUUCUCACCCAUCCCGACAUCACAAUCCCCUCCCGUGGAAAGAUUUAUGCAGUCAAUGAGGGCAACUCAAAGUACUGGGACAAGGCCUGCACCAAGUACUUCCACUCGCUCAAGUUCCCCGAGGAUCCCAAGAAGUCUCCUUACUCUGCUCGCUAUGUCGGAUCGAUGGUCGCUGAUGUUCACCGUACCAUGCUCUAUGGAGGCAUCUUCUGUUACCCCGCCGACAGCAAGUCCAAGAACGGAAAAUUGCGCAUCCUCUAUGAGUGCUUCCCCAUGGCUUUCUUGGUCGAGCAGGCUGGUGGUCGUGCGUCGACUGGCCUCAAGAGAAUGUUGGAUGUCCAGCCCGAGACGAUUCACUCGCGCUCGCCCAUUUUCCUUGGAAGCAAGGAAGAUGUCGAGGACAUCGAGGCGUGCUACAUGUCCGAGACCCUGAGUGCUCAAUAGUUUUCAAUAGAUAUCCCAUUACCAUUCACUUUUCAUUAAAACUCAUGUAAAUUUUUAUCCGUGAAAA